AUGAGUACUCAUAUCAGUGAUGAAGAACCAGAAGUAGGGAAUUUUGAUCAAAAAAAUAAAAUAAGUAGUAAUGAAAAAAAUCAAAUUAUAAACAACUUUAUUAUUAAUUAUAACUUGAAAAAAGAAAAUUAUACUGAAGAUGAAAAAGAAAGUGAAAUAAAUAAAAUAAAUGAAAUAAAUGAUAUGAAUGAAAUAAAUAAAAUAAACAAUAUAAAUGAUAUAAACCAAAUAAACCAAAUAAACCGAAUAAACCGAAUAAACCAAAUAAAUGAAAUUAAUCAAAUUGUAAAUAGAAAAAAAAAUAUGGACACAGUUUAUAAAAAUAUUAUAAACAUGUCAAACAAUAUGACCCAAAUGUAUAAUAGUAUGAACAACAUGUCACAUAAUAUGAUCAAUGCUUCAAAUGAUAUGAUGGAUAUUUCAGGAAAUAUAACUAGUCAUAUAAAUAGCAUGAAUAAUAAAACUAAUUAUAUCAUGAGCAAUGAUUUAAAUAGUAUUCAAAACGAAACAAAUAAUAUGAUAACUAGCCAAAUAAACAUCAUAAAUCAUAAACCAUAUAUUACAACCAGUCACAUAAAGAACGACAAUAAAAACCAAUCAAACAAUAUCUGUAACCAUAUACCGUCUAAUAUUAAUAAUAAGUCCAUAGCAAAACAUAAUGAUAUAAACAACUCUUAUGUAAAUGUUCUAUACUUUAGAAAAUUAAAAUUAAAUAAAAAAUUAUUCGAAAAAUUAAAAAAUAAAAAUAUCGUAAUAUAUUUAAAAUAUAAAGAUAGCACUUGUACUAGUGAAAAAAUAGAAAUAACAGAUCCUGAGAUUAAUAAUUUAUAUUUAUGUUUUUUAAUUACUGAACCAUUUCUAGAAAACGAAAAGAAAAUUAUUAAAAUUUAUAUCAAAUGUUUUAAAGAUGGAAAAUAUAAAAUACUAUCCUUUGGUUUUGUCGAAUUAAAUUUUAUUGAUUUCAGUGAAAAAUUUUAUAGAAAAAAAAGUUAUAUGUUAUGUUAUGAUAAAAAAAAUAAUAAAUAUAUUUUUGGUUAUUUCAUAUUAAUUCUAGCAAAUCAAAUAAAAUGGAAGGUAUGUGAUAAUAAAGUAUUUUAUGAAUAUAUCAAAAAGUCAUAUUUUGUAUCCAAUCGAAAGAAUUAUGACCAGCAAAUAUUUUAUAUAUGUAAAAAAAUACAAAAAAAAUUAUUACAAUCAUAUUAUAACAACACAACUAAUCCAUAUACAUAUUUACAUAAUCAAGCUUUAUUAAAACAUUUUAGUGUUACACAUAGCUGUCCAGGUACUUUUAGUCUAAAUACUUCGAAAAAGAAAAAUUCAUACGAUACAUACAAAAAAGAAAAUCAUAUAGAAACAAAUAAUCAAAAUUAUCUUCAUGAUAUCAAAAAGUCUAAAUCAUUAAUACCUUUGAAUCUUAUGCAAAAUGAAAUAUUAUAUCCCCAAUUAUCUCAUGACAAUUAUAAAAUAAAGAGCAUCAUACAUAACAAUCAUAAUAUAACCAAUUAUACAACGUAUAAAGAAAAAUGGGAAGAUGAAAAUUUAUAUGAAAUGAAAAAAAAAAAUUCUAUUCAAGAGCAAAAUGAUAUGUUAAUCAAUUCUAAGUGUCUAGAAAAUCAGACGACAGAAAAAGUAUUAUUAAAUCAUGAAGAAAAUGAAACGAUUAAAUGUUAUAAAUACAAUCAUCAAAUGAAAAAUGAUUAUGAAAGUGAUCAAAAUUGUGAUAUCAAACAAUAUUAUGAAAAUGAAACGAUUAAAUGUUAUAAAGAUAAUCAUCAAAUGAAAAAUGAUUAUGAAAGUGAUCAACAUUAUAAUUUUAAAACCGGUAAUAUAAAACAAGUCACAAAUCAAAUAGAAGAUAUUAAGAGUGAACAAAAUAACGUAUAUUCAAAUAUAACAGAAAACCCCUUUUUUAAUACCGAUGAAUAUGAAAUUAAUCAUUCAUUCAAUAAUAUAGGUGAAUAUCAUGAUACAAAUAAAAAUGAAUAUAUAAAAAAUAAAAUAGAUAAUGAAGAAGAGGAAUCAAUAGAAAAAAAUAUUUUUGAUAAUAUUAUAUGUGAAAAGUUAGAAAAUAUUCUAAAUAAUGAUAUUGAAAGUUUUAUACAAGAGAUACAAUUCAUACUUGAACAUUUAAAGAAAAAAAUAAUAAAAAAAAAUGAUUAUUUCUUAAAUGAAUUAAAAAAGGAUCAUAUAUAUGAAUAUAAUGAACAACUGCAUUACAAAAAUGAAAAUAACGAAGAAUAUACAUUAGAAGAUUAUAUAAAUAAAUCCAAAUAUAAUAAUAAUGUAAAAAAUGAUAUUAUGAGUAUAUUACAAAAUUGCUUAAAUACCACUUUAUUAUAUAUUAAAUGUAUUUUAAAAGAUAAUAAUAUAAACAAGCAAGAAAAAAACAUUUUUGCAGCAUAUGAAAAUAUCAUUAAAAACAUAAAACAAGCUUUAUCUCAUUAUGUAAUGGAAAAUGAAACAUUUAAUCAUGAUAUAUUAAAUAAAGACAUAUUAAAUGAAAAUAAAAAUAUUUCUUUACAUACCUCUGUUACAAAAUCAAUAAACUCUAUUACAAACAAAAAUUGUAAAUUAACAAAAAUGGAAAUUCAAGAAAAUCAAAUGGAAUCAUGUAAAGAAAAAUAUAUCGAUCAUUAUAAUAAAACAACAAAUGUGCUAAAAGAAAAGAAUAACAUAAAUUCAUACAUAAGUAGCGAUGAAACUUUAAGUACUUCAUCACUAUCAAGUUGUUCAAAUGAAUCCCACAAAAAAAUUAAACAUAUGAGUAGACAAAUAGAAUAUUUUAAAAUGAAUUCAUAUAUUAAUGAAAAUAUAUCAAGCGCUUUCAAAUAUUAUGAACUGAAAUGGAAGAAUAAAUUGGCUAAAAUUGGGGCAUAUAUAUGA